UCGCACCUACGUGAAUUUUCAUAUGCAAUUGUCAAUUUAUGUGUGAAAACAAAAACAAAAAUAUUUCCUUCCUUCACUUUCGCAAGUAAAAACCAAACCAAUAUCAACAGAGUCGCCAGGGCCAAGAGUGUUUUGCAGUUUAGAAUGAAACAAUUUGUGUGUGUCGUGUAAAUUAAAUAUCUUAUCAUAUGUUAAAGAAAACUGUUGAAACGAGCUGCAUUUAGUUUAGAGACAAUUUGUUGUCUGAUGGAAAUAAAAAUGCGAGACAUUCUAGCUAUAUAGGUGUAUAGUUGCUGGCUGGUAUCAUGAUCCAACUGAAUCAUUAAACUAAGCUGCUGAGAGACAGAUUUAUCUCCGAUAAAAAAAAACUGGCUUCGACUCGGAAUUUUUCUCCACACGUGAAUCUUUGCUCAGGCGUUACAAUAAAUAAUUGCAUUUGAAUAAAGCUUGGCAUGUUUAAUUUCAUGAAAAAAGGAGUAUCGGGAGAUGAUCGUGAUGAAAAAGAACGCCGUAAAAAAGAGAAAAAGUUGCGCAAAGACUCUAAGUCAUUCGGUGUACCUGGAAGCGUGAGUGCUGAGGAGCUCUUAAGAUUAGAUGAGGUUCGAAAAUCAUUGAAGAUUCGUGGUCGUCGGAAGGAGAAAGAAAAACUACCGAGUGGAAUAACUGCGGAUUACAGUGCAUCUUUUUUUGCGCAACUUGAUAUAGAUCGAGAAGUAGAGCAGGACCGAGGAAUUGAAGAAGUGAUUGCAAUGGCAAAUACUACAGCAUAUGUUGAUAAAAAUGAGGAGAACAUAAAUCGAGUUAUUUUCACCAACGCUAAUGUAUCGCACUCAGAUAGCUCUGAAACGUCAAUGACUUCAAUAAACUUUGAAAAGGUAUGUGAACUGCAAGAUUUUGAAAGAUUGAUGAGACGAAAACGGAAGAUGAACACCUACGCGAUCAAAUAUUUUUCGCUAUCCUCCGAAACCUUACUUGUAGCAGAAAUUUUCGAUCAUACCAAUCCAUGCUGAGAAAUGUCACUGACG